UUAUUUUUAUAAAAACGCUCCGUCGUAUGUCAUUGAGUUGAACGAAAUAAUGCAAAAAUAACGCAAAUUUCCAAAUUUCACAAUUUGUAAAUGUUUUACCUCUGGAUUGUGCAUUGUAAAACUAUCGAAAGGAAAGAGAGAAUUGUACACAAAAACUCAAGCAGACGCAAGAAAAAGGAAGGAUAUUCAAGGCCUUCGACGAAGCCAAGAUGUCGGUGGAUGCGUAUGGACCGAGUUCACAAAAUCUAACAUUUUUGGACACAGAGGAGAAUGACUUGAUUGGUGGCGGCACCCAGGCAUCCGAUUUUGAUUAUCGUGACCUUACAUUGGCCUCCCAAACACAAUCUCAACUUGAAGGUGGCUUAUUAUCGAGCAGUGGCGGUAUUUCCUCACAGACAUUUGGUCGUAAAUUGGAUUUACAAACGAAAUUGGGCACCGCUAAUGGCUCUACAGAUUUGCAAUUUGAAGAGGAGGAUGAAGACAAUGCCCUUUGCACCGUUGAUGUACUACCCAACCAUGCAUGUAAAUAUUGUGGCAUUCAUGACCCGGGAACCGUCGUAAUGUGUAACAAUUGCAAAAAAUGGUUUUGCAAUGGACGUGGAAGUACAUCUGGCUCGCAUAUAGUCAACCAUCUGGUAAGGGCCAAACAUCGUGAGGUAACGCUGCAUUCGGAAGGACCAUUGGGUGAAACCGUCUUGGAAUGUUACUCUUGCGGUGUGCGCAAUGUAUUCGUAUUGGGAUUUAUUCCAGCUAAAGCUGACUCCGUAGUGGUGCUGUUGUGCCGUCAGCCAUGUGCAGCCCAAAACUCAUUGAAGGAUAUGAACUGGGACCAGGAUCAGUGGAAACCACUUAUAUCGGAUCGCUCGUUUUUGCCAUGGUUAGUCAAGGUCCCCACCGAACAGGAACAACUGCGAGCAAGACAAAUAUCGGCGGCACAAAUAAAUAAAUUAGAGGAGCUUUGGAAGGACAAUAUAGAGGCCACGUUUCAGGACUUGGAAAAACCGGGCAUUGACACAGAACCAUCUCAGGUGCUGUUGCGUUAUGAAGAUGGCUAUCAGUAUGAGAAAAUUUUCGCCCCAUUGGUAAUGCUUGAGGCGGAGUAUGAUAAAAAGUUGAAGGAAUCCCAGACGCAAGAGGGCAUUGAGGUUCGCUGGGAUGUGGGCCUUAACAAGAAGACAAUUGCCUACUUUACGCUGGCCAAAACGGAUUCCGAUAUGAAACUAAUGCAUGGUGAUGAAUUGCGCUUGCGCUAUGUGGGCGAGUUGCACAAAGCAUGGGACGCAAUAGGGCAUGUCAUCAAAGUGCCUGACAAUUUUGGCGAAGAUGUCGGCCUUGAGUUGAAGUCGUCGGCCAAAGCUCCCAUACAAUGUACUUCAAAUUUUGCCGUGGACUUUAUAUGGAAAUGUACUUCAUUCGAUCGCAUGCGCAGAGCCUUAAAGGUUUUUGCAAUCGAUCGCAACUCUGUUUCAAAUUACAUUUACUCGCGCUUGCUGGGUCAUGGUCGCCACGAUGGUUCGGAUGAAGUCGUAUUUCGUGGGCCUCCCCCUAAAUUGUACAGCGCACCUAACUUACCCGAUCUAAAUCGAUCCCAAGUGUAUGCAGUCAAACAUGCACUUCAAAGACCUUUGAGCCUCAUCCAGGGCCCUCCUGGCACCGGCAAAACAGUCACUUCGGCCACCAUUGUAUAUCAGCUGGUCAAGCAGCACGGCGGCACUGUUCUCGUUUGUGCUCCCAGCAACACUGCCGUGGACCAGCUGACCGAGAAGAUACACCGGACAAAUUUGAAAGUUGUUCGGGUUUGUGCCAAGUCACGCGAAGCCAUCGAUAGUCCAGUCAACUUUCUAGCUCUUCACAAUCAAAUCAGGAACAUGGAGACAAACAUCGAACUGAAAAAACUGCAACAAUUGAAAGACGAGACAGGCGAGUUGUCUUCGGCAGACGAAAAGCGUUAUCGCUCACUGAAGCGAACUUCAGAAAAUCAAUUGCUGGAAGCGGCCGAUGUUAUAUGCUGCACUUGUGUGGGUGCGGGCGAUGCCCGUUUACAGCGCAUAAAAUUUACAUCUAUACUCAUAGACGAAUCCAUGCAGUCUACGGAGCCAGAGUGCAUGGUACCCGUGGUAUUGGGUGCCAAGCAGCUGAUCUUAGUUGGAGAUCAUUGCCAGCUCGGUCCAGUGGUUAUGUGCAAGAAAGCCGCACGUGCUGGCCUCUCGCAGAGCUUGUUCGAGCGUCUAGUGGUGCUUGGUAUACGACCAUUCCGCUUGGAGGUUCAGUACCGCAUGCACCCAGAACUAUCGCAAUUUCCCUCCAACUUUUUCUACGAAGGUUCUUUACAGAACGGCGUUUGCGCCGAGGAUCGAAAGUUAAAAAUUGACUUUCCCUGGCCCCAACCGGACCGUCCAAUGUUCUUUUUGGUAACCCAGGGGCAGGAGGAGAUUGCCGGUUCAGGUACGUCAUACCUUAACCGUACUGAAGCAGCUAAUGUCGAGAAAAUUACAACGCGUUUCCUGAAGGCCGGUGUCAAGCCGGAACAAAUAGGAAUUAUAACCCCCUAUGAGGGGCAAAGGGCCUACCUUGUACAGUACAUGCAGUACCAAGGUAGCUUGCACUCGAAACUUUACCAAGAAAUCGAAAUUGCCAGUGUGGACGCGUUCCAGGGAAGAGAAAAGGAUAUAAUCAUAAUGUCCUGCGUCAGGUCAAACGAAAAACAAGGCAUCGGUUUUCUGAGCGAUCCCAGGCGCUUGAAUGUCGCCCUAACUCGCUCCAAAUAUGGCACCAUUAUUGUGGGCAAUCCCAAGAUCCUUUCGAAGCAGCCUUUGUGGAAUCACUUGCUGAAUUUCUACAAGGAUCGCAAAGUGCUAGUUGAAGGUUCCCUCAACAACCUGAGAGAAUCGCUGAUUCAGUUCCAAAAACCCAAGAAACUGGUAAACACCCUUAACAUGGGCGCCCACUUCAUGAGCACCAUGAUGGCCGAUGCAAGAGAAGCCAUUAUACCGGGCUCUUUCUACGAUCGUUCAGGGCAAUUCGGUUAUACCGGUGGCACAACCUCCAACAACUAUGGCUACAACUUUGGCAACAACUUAAUUGGCGGCAACAAUUCCGGUUUCAGCUUUGCCAACAACACCCACAUGCAAGGCAUGGGCGGCAUGAACAACUCCUCCCAUCUAAACAGCUUCAUGAGUUCCCAGGCAGGUGGCGGAGCUAGCAGCGGAGGUGGCUUCGGGGCACCGGGAGCACAACGCCAUAAUGUAAAUCAAAUGGCAAACAAUCAGUUGGGUGGUGGAUCAAAUAAUCAGCAGUGGCAUAACUUCCAGCAUGACUCCAUAUCCUACAUAUCGACGGAAAGAGCUCAAGCCGCUAUGAACAACAUGCCUGUGCCGGUUGGUAUGUUUAUGAAUAUGAGUAACAUACCUCCACGUUUCUACAAUCAACAUCAGCAAGCAAUACAGGCGGCGGCCAAACAAGGCAGGCGUGCUGCAGCUCCGCCCUCCAUCAACAUGGCGCCCGGCCAUAACGCCGCAAAGAAUGCAGCCAAUAAAGCUCCAGGAAAGGGACGUAAUGCCGCAGGUACUACUCCGUCGACCACAAAUGCCCUCACCUCCAAUGCUGUGGCAGCAGCGGCAGCGGCGGCAUCAGCUACAUCCUCUCAGAAUUCUUCUGCAAUUCUGACACAGAAAAACAUGUCUCAACAAAUGAGUCAGAAUGUGUUUCCAGGCCUGUCCCAACAGCCAGAACUUUCCCAAGAUUUUGGUCAAAUAUCGCAAAUGGAUGGCAUUCUAUCCCAAGAUGUUGGAUUUGGAACAGAUGCUCUCAACAAUGAUCGCUUAAAUUUAGGACUUAAUUCUCAGAGCCAAUUCUCACAGCCCUAUUGAUAGAUAGCAAGACAGGUUGGUGAUCUACAGCAACGUGCAACGUUCAGUAGAAGCAACGACAGCAGAAACAACUACCAAAAGCAACAGAUGAUGACGAAACCUACACUAAGCAAAACAACCAAGAAACUAUCAAAACUGCAACUGCAACUGCAACCAUAUUCGAAACGAAAAUAAAAGACUUUGGUGAAGAUCAACGAAUCAACAGCAGCAACAACAACAACAAAAUCAGCAGCAGCAGCAGCAUCAAAUGACAUCCAGGUUAUACAAAAUUAUAACAAAUGCAACUGCAACUGCAACAACAAAACAUCCCAAUAAAAGGCACACCGCAACUCUGCUGUUGCAGCACCUAUAACCUUGAGAAGCGGCAACAGCAAAUAUGACGACGCUAGCGGAAACCGCACGAAGUUAAUCAUAUUAGAAACCCAACAACAAACAAACGGUUCGAUUCUUUGCGAAAGAAAAGGAAAUUUCCAUGAUAUGUGCAUGGCAUGUGCAUGUGGUGUUGAGUUGAGUUGUAUUGCGUUGAGUUAAGUUGAGUUGGUCUCGGUACAUAGAAAACUCUCGCUCGAAAAAGAGGACUAAAGAAAAACUAGUGUGUCGGUGUUGUUUUUUAACUCAAGACUAAAUGGAUAGGAAGAAACCAAAGGAAACAAACAACAACAACAACAGCAUAAUUUAAGUUUAAGUUGAAGAAGCAGACGAGAGGAGAGGAAGGGAAGAAAAUGUAAUGAAAUGAAGAAAACAAGGGUACACACAAUGACAUUAAGCGGUGAAGAAUUCCAAUUUGUACACAUGCCGCCCUUCCCCUUCUCCACCACAUGCCGUCGAUGACGACUGGAAGGGGAGAAAGUGGAAAAAGUGUCGAGGAUUUCUUUAAAAUGGCGGCAACAAGAGCUCAUUUGAAAGAGCACUGACCAAUUGUUGCCUCAAAAAACUAUAAAUCGCCUAUGAACAACAGCAAUUGUCUACCUUUGGAAAUGAAACAUUGCCUCCUUCACAAAGCAUCACAGCAGCGGCCAGAACGGUCGCACCUCUUAUGUACAAUUUGGGGACGUUAAGCUGAGACAUGUUUAUGAUUGGCCCCUCAUUGGAGGAGUUUUUCAUUGUCAUACAUGUUGUUUGUACCAUUCCACAAGAAACACGGUUUACAAGAACAAGCUGAACAUUGGACACAUACAUACAUACAUACAUAUACUUUUGUUUUGUUUUAUAUUUACGUUGCAAAAACAAUCAAUCUGGCUUUGCGGGAGAAGGACGAGAAGGAGAAAAAGAAGAAGGGUCGAGAUCUGUGUAAAUUCCCUCUUUUGCGAGUACUUCUACAAUUGAUUGUCGAAGAAAACUCCAAAAAUCCUAAGAGAGAAGCAGCAACAACACAGCACGGAUACUACGACCAUUGUUCCUUCGGCUCGUCAACGGUCACUCUUUCUUUUUUUUACAUUUACGCUAUGUUCUCACGUUGCCCUUUUUGAUGUGGCCAUGUUACGACAAGUGGGAAUAAACAAUUUGUUCAAUUUCAUCUGAUAAUAAAAUUAUAAAAAUAUAUUUCGUUUGUAAUCAAAAACAUUUAAUGUAUUUCAAAAAUGUUAACAAUAAACCAUCUUUAGAAAGAAAAUGAA